GUAUAUCUACCUCUUUCGUUGAUCUUGGUCACUGUGUGAAAGCAAAAGUGUUAACAUUAUAUCCACGCUCGUGAGUGGCUUAAUUUACAUCUCCACAGAUCUGAGACCAGUUGUAGAAAUGUAGGUUGUUAAAUUAAAAGUGCAAGUGAUGAACAUGAAGUUGACAACUUUUGAUCUUUUUGUGUUUUAUUUAUUCAUUUCUAACUGUGUUUGGUGCCAGGAAAAAAAUCCAUUUACUGUGCAAAAUGCCAUAGGUGAGGACCAAAAAGCCAAAGAAAAAGAAACACCCGGGAAAACUGCAGUUACAGGUUUUCCGAAAACGACGAAGCAUAUGUCAACGGAUAAAGCAAGGAAUCCGAAACUCGUCUGCCCGGGAAACGACGCACAAUCCUCUUUUUUUUCAAUCCCUUGUAAAGUUACCAAAGAAUGUGUUCAAUUCGGUAACAAAAACAUGUUAUGUUGUAACAAUCGGUGCUUGAAGGGAGUACCGCCACCUCCAGAAGAACCUGUUCAUAGUCCAACUUUAUUUGGGUUAAUAGACAGAGUAUGCCCCAGUGAACAUAUACCAGAACUUUUGGGAAUAAAACAAUGUAAAUCUGACAGUGAUUGUCCGCCUCGAAUAUGUUGCCCUGAGAAAAUGCCAAGUGGAGAGAUGGUUGGUUACUGUAGAACUCCAGAACCCAAAUUAGAUCGUUUACCAGUAAUUAGGCCCUUCAUGGAACCUUUAAAAUUAAUAAUGAGUUACAUGCAAUGUACACCGCCUCCGCCUGCAUUGUUAGAUCUAUUCCCUAAAGAGUGUAACACGCCUUUGGACUGUUUCCCAAAUUUGUGUUGUCAGGAAAGAGGUAAACAAUUCUGUAGACCAGCAAAGCGGUCCCUAUUAACACUUAUUACAACAGUUGCACAGCGAAUAGUACCAUCAGACGCAGCUCGCGAUUUUAUCAACAGAAUUACAUCUUAACAAGUGACUGAGUUAACUUUAAGUUGUGUGUGUGUUUAAAUAAAACUUACAAAUAUA